AGCCAGGUGGCAACGUUGGCAACAGUGGGACACAUGGAUUGCGUAUUGUUAUUUAUUGUAUAGUUGAAUUAAGUCCUUAAGUUAUGGCCUCAAUUUUUAAGCUAGACACGACUGGACACAUAAUGCUUGCUCCACGAUUGUUUCUGGCAAGCACACACCUGUUGCAGCGAUUCACCUGUAAAAUCAGUGCUGCAGUUGAGCCGGCUGUGCUGACUGAUUUGGAGCAGGCAGUUAUAAAACCGCGAAAACAUCCGGGAGUAAUAAGACCCAAUCACAUCGAGUUGCCCAAGCAGUUGAGCGACACGCUGAAACGGAUUGUGGGUGAUCAUCCAGUCAGAAAAGUGCUACGUGACAGUGAAUUGCUUAAUCGUUAUAUAAAAUCCCGCCAUCCGCCUCCAACAACUUUGGAAAUCGAGAACAAAAAACGACUGAUUGUAGAGGAGAUCAAUGCCAAGAUGUCACUGGACAGAUUGGCGACGCUCAGCCCUGAGGAGGCGGCGCGUUGGCAACGUAAACGAGAGCUGGAGAUCAACAAGCGCCUGGAUCAACGGACGUACGCCUGGAAACGCAUCGAAUACGGCGCCUAUGAGGCCAUUGUAUAUGCAAUAGGCAGAGCGGCACAGGAGUAUGCCGUGAUGAAGCGUGUGCUCACAGAGUUGCAGCUUCGCGAUGAGAGGUUUAAGCCAAGGAGCUACUUUGACUUUGGCUCUGGCAUUGGCACCGGCAUGUGGGUGGCCAGUGAGCUCUGGCGCGACAGCAUCUUUGAGUAUUACAAUGUGGACAGAUCACGGGAGAUGAACGAGUUGUCAGAGCUGAUAUUGCAACAGGGACAGGAGAAUAAACAAGUUGAGCUGCGCAACGUUUUCUAUAGACAAUUUUUACCCGCCAUUGAUACCAAAUAUGACUUGGUUGUCAUAUCGCACACACUCUUCGAAAUGGCCGACAAACAGCAGCGAGAGGAAAUUCUGCUUAAUUUGUGGCGGAAAUGUGAAGGCUACAUGGUCAUUGUGGAGGAGGGCACACGACGCGGCAGCGAGCUGGUCAAUGAGGCCAGGCGUUUUCUACUUCACGCUGGAGAUGAGCAUGCUGGUCAAACACUGGCUCCAUGUCCACAUGAUCUGCGCUGUCCGCGUCUUAAUGAUUUGGCCGAUCGCACGCCUUGCAACUUUGAAAUUUCCUAUGUGCCUCUGCGUCUUACCAGCGAAUCUUCCGGGGAUCGCAAGUCUUCAGUCUAUAGCUAUGCCAUUUUGAAGAAGGGCAUAGUAGAGGAUGCCUCACGCACAUGGCCACGCAUAGUGCGUCCCACUUUGGUGCGCUCAAAGCAUUCGAUUUGUCGUCUAUGCACUGAAGGUGGCAACUUGCAGGAGGUCAUUUUUACAGCCUCCAAGCAUGGCAAAGCUGCCUAUAGCUGCGCCAGAGUUAGUCGCUGGGGUGACCGACUGCCCAUUUCCUUGGGAACGCCACAAAUUAAACCCAAGAAACUUCCUUCAGAGCCAGAGACGGAUUCGAAGCCAAAGUCAACGGAACCAACAGAAUUGGCAUAGUUUACAUCUAGUUUUUAUAUCUCUCUCCCCAGUUAAUUGGCCCUUAAAAACUUGUCAGCCAAUUUGUUACUUUAAUUAUAUACAAACAAAUCGUUGCGCUACGUAA